AUGGCUCUCCGAGAAGUUAGCGUUGGACCCAAGACGGCAAUGCCGAAGGGCUAUGCUUUCCUCAAGAAAGGGAUCAAGUACAAGACACUCCACUGCCGCAGGCUUACCCACGAAGCAGGCAAGACAGUGUACGUCGUCGAGAGCAACAAAAAAGUGCUUGGCAUUCGCGUACCUAGAGAUAUUCUGUCUCGCGUUCACGCACAGGCAAACGAAACGCUCCCAGCCCGAAAGCUCGCUACCGAGAAGCGCGACACGGCCAUAAUCCGCCAAGCAGCUGCCGAGCUCGACUCACAAUUCCCUAAAAUACCCGAAGAAGAUAGGGAUCUGGUGUUGAAGCAUGGCUUCAAGAAGUACUCGGGCCGAGUUGGACGAACUAGCCUGAUUCCUCUCCCGAGGAAGGUGCUGUACGCUGUCAUUGCGCACAUCAGGCAUAAGCAUACCAAAUAUGAUAAGCUGCUAGAUGGUGGUGUGACUAGGGACAAUGCCCGAAAGGCAAUUCAGAAGACGGUGCAGGAUACACUAAGGAAUUGGGGCAAUAAACAAGAGAGCGAAGAAGAUGCCAGCGAGUCUUGA